UAUAGUAAAAAUGUGAUGAGAAUUUUAGUUGCAACAGAUAAUCAUUUAGGGUAUUUAGAAAGAGAUCCAAUUAGAGGUGAUGACUCAUUUAAUUCAUUUGAAGAAAUUUUAAAAUAUGCACACAGUUUAAAAGUGGAUAUGGUGUUAUUGGGUGGGGAUUUGUUUCAUGAUAAUAAACCAUCGCGUUCAUGUUUAUAUAGAACUAUGGAAUUAUUUAGAAAGUAUUGUUUAGGGGACUCACCAGUUAGAAUUCAAUUUCUUUCAGAUCAAGCUGUAAAUUUUUCAAACCAAUUUCAUACUGUAAAUUACGAAGAUCCAAAUUUUAAUAUUUCAUUGCCAGUAUUUUCAAUUCAUGGUAAUCACGAUGAUCCAACUGGUGAAGGUGGUUUAGCAGCAUUAGAUUUAUUAUCAGUUUCAAAUUUGGUAAAUUAUUUUGGUAAAACUGAAGAUAUAGAUGAUAUUACAGUAUACCCGUUAUUACUUGGUAAAGGAGAAACUAAAAUUGCAAUCUAUGGUUUGGGCAAUAUCAGAGAUGAAAGAUUAUAUAGAACAUUUCAAAAACAAUCUGUCAAGCUUAUGAGACCAUUGGAAAACAAAGAUGAUUGGUUCAAUAUUCUGGUAUUACAUCAAAAUAGGGUAGCACACAACCCAAAGAACUAUGUACACGAAAAAAUGAUCGAUGGCUUUGUAGAUUUUGUAUUAUGGGGUCACGAACACGAAUGCUUAAUUAGUCCACAGUCGUCAUCAGUAGGAGAGUUCCACAUAUCUCAGCCUGGUUCAUCAGUUGCUACUGCCCUUUCUGAAGGUGAAUCCAAAGAUAAGUUUGUUGGUUUACUAGAAGUUUAUAAGAAUCAGUUUCGUUUCAAACCAUUUCCAUUAAAUACAGUUAGACCUUUUAUUAUGGACAGCAUCAUUUUAUCAGAUUCAAAGAUUCACCCAACUCAACAAAACCAAAUAAUUGAAUGGAUUGAAGAAAAGGUUGAGCAAAUGAUCACAAAGGCCAAGGAGAAGUUUGAAGGUAAACCAAACGAGAAAAUGUUACCAUUAAUCAGAUUAAAAGUAGAUUAUACAGGUUACAGCACCAUCAACCCACAGAAAUUUGGACAGCGUUUUUCGGGACGUGUAGCAAAUCCCAACGAUGUUUUAUUGUUCCACAGAAAAAAGACAACAAGUUCAAACAGUAAAACCGGUGAUUUUGAUGUAAAUAAAAUUAAGGUUCAAGAGGAAGAUAAAAUUAAAGUGGGUGAUUUCAUUUCAGAAUUCUUGGGCAAUACUCCAUCAGACAGGCUUAAUAUUUUAUCAGAACAAGAUUUAUAUACAUCACUACAUAAUUUUGUUGAAAAGGACGAAACAGAUUCUUUAUUAAAGAUGGUGGAUUUAACAAUCAAUUCAACAAGGAAGUACCUCAGUGAAAACAUUACAACUAAAGAUGCCUACCCAGAUUUCAUAACCAAAUAUAUAGACGAC